AUGAGGAGGAGGCGCCCCGCAAAGAGCGUGAAGCUUGCUGUGGCUGAGCGUGAAAGGAGGGGGAAAGCAAAGGAGGGUGAAGUCGAAGCAGGAGCUGCCCACCAAAACGACGGGGAGGAGGAGGAGGAGGAGGAGGAGGAGGAGGAGGAGGAGGAGGAGGAGGAGGAGGAGGAGGAGGAGGAGGAGGAGGAGGAGGAGGAGGAGGAGGAGGAGGAGGAGGAGGAGGAGUGUGAUGUGGAACAGGUCCUGGGCGACGAUCAGGAGCUUAUGGGGGAGGAGGAGGAGGAGGAGGACAACCCCUUCCUUUCGGACGAUGAGGAUGUGGAGGAGCGUUUCGAACGCCGUGCUGUGCGUGCAGCUCGAGUUCGAGUCGUCGACGCCGCGUGUGAGAACAUGGCGAGCGGCGGCAAGCUGUCCUCUUCGGACGCGGCGUACCAGCUGCUGCUGAAAUGCGCCAAACACGGACGAGGCAGGGCUGUGGCGCUCGCGGGGUUGGCGGCGCAGAGGGAGCGGCAGCAGGCGCAGGAGCAAAUGGAGGAGCGGAAGCGACGGCAGGAGAAGGAACGGAAGGAGCGGGAGAGAGACGAGCGGAAAGCGAGAGAAGGAGGAGGGUCAGCGCUUCCCAGCAGCUUCUCGAGAGGGCAGUUAAAGGGAGAUGCGCAUGUCAGACUGAAGCGGCCGAUAUCGCGGCAGUUGUUCUGCGACGGCCUUCAAGUUGGCGACGGUGUGUGGCGGCCCGGACCCAUGGGCUCGUGCAGGCCGCUACCGCAGCAGGCGAAGCGUCGCUUUCAGAUGGAUGCUGACGUGGACAGCAGGAGUGACGAGAGGCCGGCGAAGAUGCAGCGAAGCUACGUGCUGCAGCAGGUGGGGCAGAAGCGCGGGCAAGCAGGGCAGAUGCGAGUUGAGGAGGCGGCGGGAGGGCAGAGCGGGACACGCGAGCAGGCAGGGGCGAGUCAGGAAACGGGGCCGGGGAGCAAGCAGGCGGGAGUGGGGCAUGGUGAGGCGUGGGCGUGUGAGCAUGAUGCAGGGAAGUCGCAAGGCGCAGGGGGACGGGGAAACGAGUGCGUGGCGGAAGGAGGGGGAGGUGGUGCUGGAAGGCGCUAUGGUGCUGCAGGGGAGGACGUGGCGCGGCGCGGCCAGAAUGGCUGCCAUCUCCUCAACAGCAGAAGCGAGGCAGUCAACAUGUGUUACGUCAACGCCACACUGCAAGCCCUCGCCUCCCUCCCGCCCUUCCUCUCCCUCCUCCUCCACCUGCCUCUCCCCGCCACUCUCGCCCGCUCCUCCUCCCUCCGCCUCCCAGUCACCACUGAGCUUCAGCGCCUGACGUGGCAGCUGCUGGGCCUGCCACGUGGCAACGGCAGUGGCGCCACUGUAGGGAGCAUUGGUAGCCGAACCAGGGGGACAGCGGGUGGCGUGGCAGAUGCGAGGGCUGUUAAAAGGGCCGUGGGGCGAAGCGCUCGCAUCUUCCUGGGGCAGGAACAACAGGACGCCCACGAGUUCCUGUGCGCGCUGCUGCACUGCCUUGCCUCCGAAGCCGCCACCAUCGCCGCCGCUGCUGCCUCUCCCACGCACACCCACGCUCCCGCCCACGCCCUCGCCCACGCCCACACGCCAACCCUGGGAGAAGGCCGGGCGGGAGAAAGCGAGGAAGGAGGGCUGCGACAGGAGGGAGAGAGGGGAGUCGCAGAGUUAGAGAAGGGUGGACGCAGGGAAGAGGGUUUAGAGAAGGCGAGCACUGAGGCCGGGAGUGCGUGUGCUGUUGGCAGCAAUUUCCUGUCGACGGUGGGGGUGGUGAGGGAGUGUGAGGGGUGUGGAGGGAGAGAAACCGGUGAGGAGGAGUUUCUCUCCGCCUCUCUCACGUGCCAUCCGCUCUCAACACUGCUGCAGAACUUCUUCCAGGACGAGACCGUGCAAGGCAGGGUAUGCACCCACUGUCACCGCUCUGCCCCGUGCCGCAUCUCCCGAGCCUUCUUGCGCCUACCUCGCAUCCUCGUCCUCCACCUCAACCGAUUCCAAACUACCUUCCACCCCACUGCAUGCCUUGAGAAACCCCCUCUGUGCCACGAGGAGCCCACUGCCUCCCUUGGCAACCCCCAAGGCAGCACCACCAUCCCACCGCCUCCAUCGUGCCAACCACCACCCGCUCCGUCCCCUCCGAUUGCUCAACACACACGCCUCCUCGCAUCCCGCCCUCCUCUUAACCCUUCCCCUCCAUUCCCUGAAGAGAACCCAUUUUCCGUGCCAAAAGAAACUGCUCCGCCCGCUGCUCCGUCUGGCAAGGCGCCUCAGGCUACAACCGACGUAGCCUCGUCUCGCUCCCCCGCUUCUCCCCUUCUGCCGGCUGCUGGGGCUUCGAGUGUCAACCCCUUCUCCCUGGCAAAGGCUGCAGGCAGGCCGGUGGUGUUCACGGAGGUGGCACCUAAGGGGGUGGUUUGUGGGCUCAAGGGUGGCGGCCGGCUGAUAAGGCGUGUGAGUACGGUGGGUGGCGAUGCUGAGGAAAUGGAAACUGGGGGAAGGUUGGAGGGGCAGCUGGCUGGGAGAAUCAAGUUGUCAAGUGAAGGAAAGGGGGAAGAGCAAGAGGAGGGGCGAGGGGGGGAGGGCGAGGGUAGGGAGUGUGAAGAGGAGAAUGAAGAGGUGGAGGAGGAUUGGGCGGAGCUGCUGGAAGGGGCAGCUGGUGUGGUUGGGGAGGGUGCCGGCGAUGGUGGUGGUGACAGCCCUGUGGGCGUGAUGGUGGAUGGUGGCAGGGCGGCCAGCAGCAGAGUGGGUGGUGGUGGCAUGGAGGGAAGGGAGGCGAGCAGGGGUCGGUACGAGUGCAGAAAGAAUGUGGAUCGGGUGGAGAUUGCCAAGACACUUGACGUUGGUCCCUUGUGCGCAGCAGCGAUGCAAGGAGCUAUCUCUCAAGGCACAGAGCGGCCGACGGCAGCACGGCAGCACGGCAGCAUGCCACACUCCCAUUUCCCCUUCCAUCAACUUCAUCCAACGUUGCUCCUUCCCCCUUCUAUCUCCACUGAACCGCAGCCACGUGGCAACUCGCUAUUGGCGCUGCGGGCCGUGGUGCGACACACGGGGACCUCCGUGGCGCACGGUCAUUACAUUGCUGACGUGGCGGAUGACAGCCUGUCACCGCCUGGUUGGACGCAGCUCGAUGAUGGCGUCGUGAUCAGAAACAUGCGAGGGAAACGGGGGGAGUUGAGCGGGGAGUGGCGAGGGAUACGGAAAAAUGGGGCUCGGCGGCUCGGAGAAGUGAGGGAUUUGGGGAGAGUGGGGCUAGGAGUGGCGAGGGCGCUCUGA